AUGAAAAGGAAACGGGUGACUAGUGCCUCCUGGAUUCUUGAAUGGGAGAGAGUGAAGAGAGAAUCAGGCAGGGAGAUUUUCUGCACAAAUGUCACGGAAAGAGUGUUAGAGGUCGGAGGGCAUAGCCCAUCAAAAUACAUAUACACACAUAUAUAUGCGCACACACAUAUACACAUAUGUACAUAUACACACAUAUGUAUAUAUAUACACAUACACAUAUGUACAUAUACACACAUAUACAUAUGUACAUAUAUACACAUAUGUAUACAUAUAUACACACAUACAUACACAUGUACGCAUAUACACACACAUAUACACAUACGUUACAUAUAUACAUAUGUAUACAUAUACACACGUACAUAUAUACAAUGUAUACAUAUACACAUAUGUACACAUAUACACAUACACAUAUGUACAUAUAUACACAUAUGUAUACAUAUACACACAUAUACACAUAUGUACAUAUAUACAGACAUGUAAUAUGUACAUAUAUACACAUAUGUAUACAUAUAUACACACAUACACACAUGUACAUAUACACACGUACAUAUAUACAAUGUAUACAUAUACACAUAUGUACACAUAUACACAUACACAUAUGUACAUAUAUACACAUAUGUAUACAUAUAUACACAUAUACACAUAUGUACAUAUAUACAGACAUGUAUACAUAUAUACACACAUAUACACAUAUGUACAUAUAUACACAUAUGUAUACAUAUAUAACACACACAACAUUGUCCAAUACGAAUCUAAUGUGAGCCACAUGUAUAGUUUUAAUUUUCUAGUAGCCACUUGGAAAAGUAAAAAGUAGGUAAAAUUAAUUGUAAUAAUAUUUCUCAUUUAACUCAUUUUAUCUAAAAUAUUUCAGUAUGUCGUUAAUGUAAAAAUAUUAAUGAGAUAUUUUACAUUCUUUUUUCAUACUGAGUAUUUAAAAUCCUAUGUGUCCUUUACACCCAUAGCCCGUCUUAAUUCAGCCCAGCCACAUUCCAAGUGCACAGUAGACCCAUCUGGCUGGUGGCUACCAUCUUGGUUGGUGCAGCAUAAGGAAAUGAAUCAAGGUGUGAAGAGAAUACAGGGGGAAAGCUUGAGUGCAGUCCUGAAAGGACUGAAGGAAAGUAGAGUUGGAGUGGUUGUUUUGGUCACAACUGUAUGAAUCUCCUUGUGCCUCUCCCCACAAACCGUACCUGAUCUCUUUAGCCUAAAACAAUGAAAUGCUCUGAAUUUCUGUGGAAGCAGCAUACUAUACGUCCCAUUCCUAGGGUAGUUAGCUAUCUGCAUCUUGAUGAGAUGAAUGUUUUCUAGACUCUUGAACUGUUAAGAACAUCUUUGAUUAUUUGGAUUUUUCCAUUUGUGUCACCUAUGUGGUAAGUUAUUUGAGAGCCAGGAUCCAGUUCGAUUUAUUUGCAUUCCUCACCAGUGUUUGACACCUUUGAGACCUAGAUAAAUAUUAGUUUAUUUGAUUUUCAGCUGUAAAGCAAAGGUUAGCUUGAAAGGCUGAAUUCCAGCUCAGGAAGGAUGGCAUCUAGUUUGUACUGGAAACCUAAUGGUAUAUGAAUUGAACACAUAAACAUUAGGAUUUGUCACUUUGCAUUAGGAUUUGUCACUUUGUAUUAGGGGUUCCACACCCAGAAGGUGAAAAAUUGUUUGGUUUUUCUCCUUUGUAUCCAGACCUUUAAAAAAUCUUAUCAGUUCAUUCCUUUGAUAUUUAAGUUCCAAUGAUGAUACUAGUACCUUCUUGUAAGUAUAAAUAAGCUAUAUUUGGUGAUGAACCAGAGAUAAACAUUUGGAAGCUGCAACUGUUUCCAUGGGUUCUUUGUUAACAAUAACUUUGUUAUUAACAAACAUAGCCUAUGACAUCUACGCCAUGAAAUUCUUUUGAAAUCAAGUAUAGUAUUUUACAGUUGCCUUCAUUUGUUCUCUUUGACUGUAAUUGUUGGGUUGAAGCAACAGACUUAUCCAGAGAGCCAAGGCAAUUUAUUUUUACUGAAGACUACCUAAGAACUGCUUAGGUAGCUUUUCUCUGCAAGAUUAAAUGCGACCUUCAUGGAAUCAUGUUAGCAGGGCCAGCAGCUAGAAAAAUAAAGACUAAACCAAACCUUCAGCAACGAAAUUCCCAGCUGCUCAGUGGCUUAGAGCUUUCCUGAUUGCUUUCUUCCAAUGAAAACACUGUAGAUUAGUUUUAAGUGAAUUCUAGUAGGUUUGGGGAUUUGCAACUGACAGAAGAACAGCAAAGCAUAAUCUCACUUUAAAAUAAUAGUCCUGAAGGUAAAUCUUUAUUGGCUUUUUCUUGGGAUGCUGGGAUUUUUGUUCAUAUGGGAAAACUUAACUCAUACACACUGUUUAGCUGACCUUUGAAGGUAAGGCCCUAGAAGGCAGACAGAGGCUGGACACCUGGGGAUGUGCGUCAGGACUGCUGCUCCUCUUUCUUCUCUCCAUUGUAGAGGCUGGAAACUUGGGGAGCCUGCGAGGAAGGCCCCUGUAGGGAAUGUAGAUGACCUGCUCUUUCCACUUUUGGGUGCCGUCAUCCUGAUGAUUGGUGAAGUCAGGGCGAAUUGAAAAUGUUAUAGGAGAGGAUUUACUUAACUUACAGGUGCUUUUAAUGCAUUACGAUUUUUUUUUUUUUUUCUUGAAAGUCGUUGCAGUUUGGGAGAUGGGGUAGAGGAGAGUGCUCAACUGAAACAGUUGACUAUUUUGAUCAUUCAUCCAUUCAGUCAUUUAUUUAGUGGGUGUUUAUUCCGUGCUAACUGUAUGUAGAGGGAGAUAUAAAACGAAAGAAAAGUAAUCCUCUUGGAUUUGAGGUAGCCAGGUAGGUAGAUGGUCUGCAUUCCUUAGAGUGAGGAGCCUAAUUUAUCCAGAUAGAGAAAACACAAUUAGGUAAGUAAGAUGACAGUUCCAGAAACGAUUUUACUUAUCUGUGAAUCCCUUUUAGAGUUCUUCCAUGGGCCCUGUGGGGUUGUUUCAGAUUGUAGGGGAAGCCACAGUGCUAAUGUGACAGAUUUUUUGCCAAGUGUAUACAUUUUAUUUUAUUUUAUUUUAAGAACAGAUUCUUAAUAGACUGUAAAAUAGGCAUAAAACAAUGUAUUGUUUUGUUGUUCUUUCUGUUUUCCACAAUUCUCCCACAUUGAGUUCGGAACGUGGAACUAUGGUCUGGUGUCUUUUGUCAUUAAGGAAAACUGAUGCGGUUAAAUCCUGAUAAUUAUCUCCCCUCUCUACUUCCCCUUCCCUUGUGGGGAGACACUGUAACCAGCAGAGCUGCAGAAUCAGUACUCCUGCCCCCCACGGUAAAGUGAAGGAAGCUGAUGAAAGAUAUCCAGGAACUCCUGGCACUAUUUUUGAAAUUUUUAUGUGGAUUUGAAAUAAUUUCAAAAUAAAAAGAUUUUUUUACGGCUUCCCCUUAGUGCUCUAGAGUUACUGUUGCUUAUUUAAAAUAACAGCCUAAUAGAGUAUAUUUGUAAGUUCCUUUGUUUGCUUCCCCACAUGGAUCUAGAAGGGAUUUUAUGUAGCUCUUUUUCUAGGUAGGUCCUACUUUCACCUUGAAGGGAAAAGUGGCCCUUACUUCAUUUUGAAAAUGCCUCAUUUUCUCUCUUUGCGUGUGUGUGUGUGCGUGUGCGUGUGUGUGUUUGACCAUAGUGAAUAUUUAAGUUGCCUGAAAUUAAGGAAUAAUUAUCAUCCAUAAAAGGACUGAAGGAAACAGCGGCAGCAAGUAGGGAAGUCAUAAAUGCAUGUUGAAGCAUUCUUUUUUAAACUGUGGUAAAAUUUACAUAACAAGAUUUACCAUUAUAAUCAUCUUAAAAUGUAUAAUUUGGUGACGUUAAUGACAUACACAAGGUUGCCUAACCAUCACCACCAUCCAUUUCCAAAACUUUUUCGGUAUCUGGAUCAGAAUCUCUAUACCCAUUAAACAAUAAUCUGCUUCCUGCAGCCCCUGGCAGCCAGCAUUCUGCUUUCUGUCUGUGAAUUUGACCGCUCGGGGUGUCUCAUGUAAGUGGAAUCAUACAGUCUUUGUCUUUUCAUGUCUGGCUUAUUUUGCUCUGCAGAAUGUUUUCCAGGUCCAUCCAUGUUGUGGCAUGCAUCAGAACUUCAUUCCUCUUUAAGACUGAGUAAUAUUCCCACAUUGUGUUCGUGCAUUCAUCUGUUGAUAGACACUGGGGUUCUUAUUAAUUUGGCUAUUGUGAAUAAGGCUGCUGUGAUCAUUGGUAUAAAAGUAUCUGUUUCAGUCCCUGCUUUCAGUUAUUUCAAUUCUGUAGAAUGGCUGGGUCAUAUGGUAAUCCUAUGUUGACCGUUUGAAGAGCCACCAAAUUGUUUUCCAUAGCUGUACCAUUUUGCAUCCCCACCAGCAAUGCACACAGGUUCCAGCUUCUCCACACCUAUUGCAAACAUUUGUUAUUAUUAUCUUUUUUUUUUUUUUGGAUAGGGUCACCCUAAUAGGUAUGAAGUGGUAGCUCAUGAAGGUUUUGAUUUGCAUUCCCCAGUAACUAAUGAUGCUGGGCACCUUUUCAUGCGCUCCUAGCCAUUUGUCUGUCUUCUUAGGAGGAGUGUCUAUUCAAGGGCUUUCUUCAUUUUUGAUUUUCUUGUUGUUGUUGAGCUGUAGGUUUGAGUCAUUCCUUUUGUGGUUUUGAAAAUGACACACUAGUAAGUCUGAGAAACUAAGAUUCUCCCCAUUACAAUAUAUGUAGCAUGUGGGCAAAAAGUUCUGUUUUAGAAUUUUGAGAUGCUGUAAAGCUGAUGAAGCACAGUGUGGGGAAUUCACUUAUGCUGGAGUGAAGUAAAUCGGAGCGCAUGGGUAAGCAAGAAUCUGAUAGAAAGUACCUUCCCUUCUCGCACCAUGCUGCAAUUGGGAGUUUCCGUAGCAACGAUUGCCAGCCCCUUCCCUUCAUUUUUUCAGCUGCAGAAAUCAAGUAACCUGCUCAGUGUAUUGUGACCAGGUUAAGUACUCAGUAUGUUUUGUCGAACUGUGCAGUAAAUAAUUUUUUUUCUGUUGUAUUUUGAAUCCAGAAAUGUCUUGUGAGAGGAAAAAUAGCAGUGCUUGAAUAUGGUAGUGAAUUUAUUGUCGCGGCUGCCCUUGUGGUAACCUCUCUGCUUGGGACUCAUGAAAAAGGCCUUAGGGUUCUUCACUUCUGUGGUAUUUCAAGAUAAAAAUUAGUAAAAGCAGCCUCAGAAUAACAUUUGGGGGCUUAAGAAUUUAAAUAUAAUCCAUUCAAUAAUGGUUCAAUAGUAUUACUGAGUAGAUGAAAAAAAAUUGCCAUAACGACAGAUCUGUUAAGUAAAAUGAAUAAAAGCAUUUGUGUAUUUAUUGUGAAUUAUUCACAGCAUGAGAAGCCGUUCAUUUGUUCUUACAAGAGCUAUAGUAGAUAAAGAAAUUCAGUGAAAUAUCACAACUGUAUGGAAGCAAAUUCAUUGUUGGUUUAGUUUUAUGUCCUGUGGAAAUUUUUCAUUUUACUCAAUCCUUUGGAAAAGUUGAACUUUAUUGAAUAAUAUAGCCCGGCAAGGUCAUGUGUGGAUUAUAACUGAGUUGUAAAUAAUUGGAAGAAGAUGCAUAAUAUAUGCGUUGUGAAGCAGAGUGGUAAGAGGAGUUGCAAAAAUUUUUGUUCUCUUUAGGCUUGGGACAAAGAUUUUAAAAAUCCUUAAAAUUAGUUUUAAGUACUGUGAAAACAAACAUGAUAAUGAUGAAAUUAAAUUGAAGACUCUCUUUUGCAAACAAAUAUCUUAAAUAAAACCCUCAGAGGAAUUCAUUCCUUCAGCAGACAUUUUUGAACAGCUGCGUGUGAAGCCCUGUGCUGUGAAGAUGUAAAGUUGAAAAUUUCAGAUCCAUGCUUUCAAAGAGCUUAUCGUUUGGUUAGAGAGACAAGCAGGUAAAUAACCAUUCCUGGUCGUGAAAAGAAUGAAAGAUGGGCUUCAUGGAAGCAUAGCAAGCCAAAGGCUAAGGGACAGAAGAGGAAGAAGCUGUAUCUUCUUUUUAUUCUUUUUAAUUUACUGGAGUUACCCAUCAUGAACUAAGAGCUAUCUCUUUGACCAGAGAAACUGGGGCGUGCCUCACCACCGACUUCUGACUGGCCGGAAGGAGGGAGGCGAUGUCAUCUGGCGGCCAGUGGGUGAACAGGGCAUUUUUGGUUGAAAGAACAGCAAGAGCAAAGACAUGAAGGGUUGACAGUUUCUUCCGCUCCUGGUGCAUGGACCGCUCUCCAGGGUGGCUGGAACAAACAGAUGAGGGAGGGAGUGUCAGAGCCAGUUCCUGGUGGCCGCAAAUAUCUCACUCAGGGCAUGUGUUCCUGUUUCCCAGUAAGAAAUGGUUUUGUUCCGAGGAUACAGCCAGCUUUUUUCUUUUUUCUUUUGGAAGGUUAUUGAGGAUUUGGAACAUUUUCCCCUGUGCAUUUCAGAAAAUGAUAGCUAAUGACUGCGAGCAGCAGGGCGUGUCACAGCUGUGCACCUGCAGUGUUGGAGAGCAGCUCUAAGGCGUGUGCAUUUGUAGUCUGUGGUCCAUUGCGGGAAGGACUGGGUCGUGCCUUUGAUAAUAGCCAGGCCUGUCUUUGAGGUGCUUUUAUAUAAGUUUCUAAGAGGAAAUGAUGAAUAGGAACAAAAAUAUUUUUUGUACUAUCUUUUGUUUGGUUUGAAUCGGUUUGUAAAGAGAGUGUUUAUGGAUAAGUUUAUAAUCCUCAAGUAAGGAGGAAUUAAAGACAGUUGGCUCCAAUUCAGGUAAGAAACCCAAGUUAGAGAAUCAAAGAUAAUGGCAAGACCCCCCAGAAACAAUGCCUUCAUAGGGCAGAAGACAAGACAGGUCUUCCUAUCCGCCCAGAGUGUCCCCAGGUCCUCUGAGUGAUGCCACGCCAGGCCAUGGAAGGGCUGGGAGAACACCUAAGGUGCAAACCUUAGCCAGCGGGACUCAGGAACUGGAGGGAGCCCUGGAGCUGGCCGUGCCAUACUGAGGCUUCUUCCCUGCAUUGUGACCACAUGGAUGAUCCAGGAAAAUUCACCUCUGUCAAGGUCAACAGACAACCUUUAAAUCGACUGCCUCCUUAAUUCCCAUUUGUCACAUAACACAGUCUGUUCACAGGUCGCAGAGGCUAGCAUGUGGGAUACUUGGGACGCAUUAUUCCACCUGCAUCGUGUUUUAACCAAACCACCUCACACUCUUCAUCCCACGCAGCUACAGAGUGGCUGGGGAGGUGUGACCAUCAGGUGCCGAGGCCCUCACAGCUGGGGUGACCGGCUGCGGUGAUGGCAUUGAUUGGAUGUUUGCCAGACUCUUCACUUCCCUGGGGGGAUAAAUUGGAAGGUGUUAUUCAAAGGCCUAGAUAUUUCUGUGGUUUACUUCAGUAUUUCACCGUCUCCCCUCUAUUGUCAGUAACUGCCUGUUUUGAACCGGUUAUGUGUUGUGGAGGGCUGAGCCACAUGACUCGCGUGGACACGGUACCCUCAUACGCGUUGGCUGAAUUCAGUUGCAGUGAUUGACUCGGUCCUCCAACUGUUAUUUCCUGUCCAGACACAAAGACGCCUGCAGGACAUUGGUGCCUCUGGGCUCAGGCACUGGUGUUUCCCGGUAGGGAAGGCGGACCGGGGCAGCAGGAGGAAAGCGCGUCAGCGGGUGUGUGCCCUGGCUGGACUGGGGGAUUUCCUCCACUUAGUCGGCAGGGACCCUUGCUAAGGUGCAAGGACACAUGGCUGACUGUGAACUAGCAGCUUGCAGGGAAACCUUCCAGCAUUUUCUCCACCGCGGCUCUCAUGUUCCCUGUGGAGCAGCUUCUUUGUAUCACCAAUGGCUCAAACAUGCGGUCGUCCCCAGUCAUUUGCCCUUGUCGUUGUUCUUCCUUUUGUUGGGAAUGUCUUUCUUCUCUUCCACCUGAGGAUCCCUCGGCUUCCAGGCCCAGUUCAGAUGCCCCCUCUUCUAGGAAGCCUUCCAGAGUCCUCUCUUUCUUCUGGGUUUUUACAUAAAAUAUUAAAACUCCCCCAUAGGCCUUUGAAAAAAUUUAUCUAUUUAAAGUGCAGAGUCAUGUUAUUGUAAGGCGGAUGAACCAGUGGGGGUGAGUCUGAUGCAGAGAGGGAACCCACACCGAAUGUGUCAGAUGCCCGUAAUCAGUGUGAGCAGUGGCGGUGGGUGCCUGGCCGCAGGGCAGCCGCCCGCUCCAGUGUGCUCAUCCCGGGGGCUUCGACUCACCUCCAGGACACCACGUCUUGCUUGAAAGCUUGCUUUAAUGCUGACGUGCCUGCCUUCGUCUUUGCAGGGUAAGCCCUUUGAGGCCAGAGAUCAUGUCUUCAUCAUCUUUGCAUACUCCACACAGCUUUAGAUAAUGCUUGGCACACAGCGAUUUUCAUGUGGUUGGCUGGUAAGGUUUUUGGAAUGAAAAGUUGAACCAACGUAAUUCAAAAGUGUAUUAACAUCCUUAGCUGGAUUCACCCGGAAAAUGGCAUGUAAAUAGUAAAAUUGUUUUUUCGGUUGCAUGCUUUUUGUAGUCAUUUUGUUUUCCUUGAUUAUCAUUUGUUCAUAAGUUUAUCCAUCACAACAUAUAGUUAAUAUCAUCUGCUUUAUCUUCCUCAGUCCUUGCCCUCAGUGAGUUUUCCCAGGAGGAAUUCAUCCACUUUCUUAUCAGUGAGUGAUUACUACAUGUCAUUAUGUGCAAGCUACUGUACUUGAUGUUUUGGGAUGAAUGAGAUGGGAUUCCUCCUUACAGGACUUUAUACAGAGAUAAGCCUGUUGCCAAGUACGUGGAGCUGUAAGCUUUGGUUGCAUCAGAAGGUGGAAGGAGGCUAAGUGCAGUGGCUCAUGCCUGCAAUCCCAGCACUUUGGGAGGCUGAGAUGGGAGGAUCACUUGUGGCCAGGAGUUCGA